CGAGCCGCGGCUCUGUCAAGAAGUUUCUCUGGAGUCCACGGUUGUGUGUGUUUUUUUUUUUUUUUUUUUUUUUUUUUUGUUAUUGUGCAAACCCUACAAAACAAACACAGUGCGGAGAACCAGCGGAGAAACGAGAGCCCGGACCCGGACACAGCCAUGGAUGGUGUGUAUGGAUGGAACCUGGCUCCACUCAACCCAGUGCAAGCAGGGACUCCCUUCAUAGAGAUUAUCGAGCAGCCGAAGCAGAGGGGCAUGAGGUUCAGGUACAAGUGUGAAGGACGUUCAGCCGGCAGCAUCCCUGGAGAGAAGAGCAACGACACCACUAAAACUCACCCAGCCAUCAAGGUGCACAACUACAGUGGUCCCCUGCGUGUCCGCAUCUCGUUGGUGACGAAGAACGCGCCGCACAAGCCCCACCCCCACGAACUGGUCGGCAAGGAUUGCAAACACGGCUAUUACGAGGCCGACCUGCAGGAGAGACGGAUACACAGUUUUCAGAACCUGGGCAUCCAGUGUGUGAAGAAGAAGGACGUGAAUGAGGCCAUCACUUGUAGACUGCAGACCAAUAAUAACCCCUUCAACAUUCCUGAUGCAAAGGUGUGGGAAGAGGAAUUUGACCUGAACUCAGUCCGGCUCUGCUUCCAGGCCUCCAUUACUCUGCCUAAUGGGGAGCUGUUUCCUCUGGAGCCCGUGGUAUCACAGCCCAUCUAUGACAACAGGGCCCCAAACACAGCAGAGCUGAAGAUCUGCAGAGUGAACCGCAACUCUGGAAGCUGCAAAGGGGGCGAUGAAAUCUUCCUGCUGUGUGACAAAGUGCAAAAAGAAGACAUCGAAGUGCGGUUCUUCCAGGACUCCUGGGAGGGUAAGGGCACAUUCUCCCAGGCGGAUGUGCACAGGCAAGUGGCCAUUGUGUUCCGCACGCCGCCCUACCGCGACACUAACCUCACCGAGCCCAUCAGAGUCAAGAUGCAGCUCCGGCGGCCCUCCGACCGUGAGGUCAGCGAGCCAAUGGACUUCCAAUACCUGCCAGCUGAACUAGAUGAAUACAGGCUGAGCGAGAAGAGAAAGCGUACAGGAGACAUGUUCCAGAGCAUGAAGCUGGGGCCCAUACUAUCAAGUGUGUCUGUUCAACAAGACAGGCGGCACAUAAGCCCAGCAAGGAGACCAGUGGCAUCCAAGCCUCCGUCAAUCAGCUCUCCAGCUGCACCUAUUCUGCCCCAUGGCGCCAGUGGGCAGAAACCCCAACCCACCUACUCCUACGGUCAGCCAGGCCAGCUCUUUUCAAGCCAUCCCAAGGUAGAGACCCCCUCUUCCAUCGCCGCUGCAACUACUAGCCAAUCAUGGAAGAUCAUGGAGAGUCUGAACCUUGGCCCCAAGCCCAAAUCCAACCCAGUGGCCUCCUUCACAAUGAGCCAGGGAGCUGCCCCUUCAUCUUCCUCCUCUUCCAACACCACCUCCGCAGCCAACCAGGACUACUCAACAGUCAGCCUGUCAGACCUGCAUGAAUUCUUCCCCAACAUCUCCUCGGCCAUGGCCCAGGAGUCGGCGGCCGCUUCUUCUCAAAGAAACUCGGCGCCCUCCCAGGCCAGCAGCUCCUUCCCCCUCCAGAACUCCCAGUUCAGAGUGGAUCCACCAAUCGAAGAGGAUAUCCUAGAGUUCCCUAGCUUUUCUGAUGCCCAGGUCCCAGUCACCCUGGAAAGCCUAAACAUGGACGACCUCGAGGAACUUCUCAACCACCGGCUCAUGAGCGAGGCCGGCAACGACGCCUCAAUGUUGGCUCAAACUUCAUCCCCACAAGUCGCCCCAUCCAGCACCUCUACCGCAGCCCAGAACAGUGCACCGCCCCAGAACCAGGCCGACCCUGCCAGCAACCCAGCAAGCACCUGGAUGAAUUACCCCAACAGCAUCACCAGCCUGCUCCAGUCCGAGGGCAUGAUUGACAUUGCGCCCAACAACAACCACAGGCCUGCAAUGCUGGACGAGUUUGACGAGUUGAUGUCCGCCGAUGAGGAUCGUCUCAUUUCCAUACUCAACAGUGGAAGCCAAGUUGGGUUUGUGUCAGGACACCAGACUUAAAGGUUGUCCCUACGAUUUUUUUUUUUUUUUUUGGAUCUCCACUUGUAUCUCCCCAUUUAGCCUUCUGAACUUGAGCUCCCUUGUUAUUACUGACAAAAAUGGAAAGUGGACAUGAAGAGCUGGAGGAUACAGAAUGUAGCAAACCUCCUCACUGUGGUGAACAUACUUACUGGAAAAAAAAAAAGCGUGCAAAGUUUGGUGUUCAGUGAAUGGGUCUCGUCCCGUGUCGUAUCCAGUUUUUCCAACAAAUGAUGCAAAACAUAUUCAAAUUUCAUCCCACUCGUUCAGCCCGUUUGUAGCGUCAGUCGCUAGCUUUUUUAUUCAAGGUGGACUUAAUGUUGGAAGCCGAUGGUUUAAAAAUAUAUUUACAUGUUUAGAUGCUUCGGGGCAUCUAUUGAGUUUGGUUUUGGUGGAACGUGUCAAGCUUUGUCUUUUUGUGCUGUCAUUAUACCCAUUUUUGGUAGCUAUGGUCACAGACGUGUUUAAAUGUGAUCCACCUUUUGACUUUAAUCGAAGGACCUCGUAUUUCUCAAGACUAUGCGAGUAAGGUCCACCGUUCUUUAAAUAUACCUAUAUUAUCCCUUUGGAAUAUAAAUAUGUGUUUGUAUGCAUUUGAAAUGUUUUUUGAAGGUUGGCAAUAACUGCGUGCGAAGAACCAAAUGAAGGGUUACGUGUAAAUAACUAUCAAACAAGCAACAUUAAUACGGAUUAUAAAAGAGUUAUAUUUGUUUUUGUCUAGUGACGGCGUAAUUUCCUUUCCUCUCUAAUCAGUUUGUCUAGUUUAUUCUCAUAUUAUGAAUAAUGGCUGCAGUCUAACUACGGUUUCGUGAGUGAUUGUCAUCUCAUUAUACGCUGUAGUACAAGAUGCUUUGAGAUUUUUUUAUGAUGUAAGCAAACUUCUGUUUCUCUUCUUGUUUUUUUAGUAUGAUUAUGCAUUUAUUGCUGUCAUGAAUAACUAACUGUCGAUAUUCAGAACACUUUUCUUGACAAUAAAAACGACACCAUUUACA